AUGUCAGAAAUACGUAGUCUUCUCAGACUAGAAAGCAGCUAUGGUGAUUUUGGGAUGCCCUCUUCUCCACCGUUAGAACCAUAUUUAGGUCAAAAAGGCAGAAAGUUUUCUGCAUUUAAGGACUUGAAAGAAAAUUUAAUCGGGGAGUCCGUAUCGAUUCGCGGAUUGGUUACUCGCAUUUCGGGUAUAAAAUUACUUGCGUCUGAAGUGAUGUUCACGUGUGUGGAGUGCAAAGGCCUCCAACAAUUGGAAUUUGAUGAAAGAAGAUAUUACCCUCCGUUUAAAUGUAAAACUCAUGGAUGCCGAAGCAAAGAAUUCACUCCCAAUCUGAAAUUUGACGAAGAGAAAGGUCAAAAAUCCUAUGAGGAUGUACAAGACAUCAGGUAUUCCAUCCGUGUGAGUGUACAUAGAUAUGAUCAACCCAAUAACGGCGGAAUUGAUAGGCUCCAGGAGGUUCUAGGUGAUAGUGACGACGAAAACCUAAUCCUUCCAAAGAUCAUUGAUUGUGAAUUAAGAAGCAAAUUAGUAGACGCUGUAAAACCUGGCGACUUUGUUACUGUCACCGGAAUACUUCGGGUUUAUGAAACUCCGGCCAAGGAACGGACAAAGAAAGGAACGAGGAUGCACCAUUUGUACAUUGAUGUCGAAAACAUCAGGAAAGUCACGAUUAUUGACCAUUUUUCGUCAUGGGAAUUCACGGAAGGUAUCGCGGCACAAAACGAUGGUUUUUUCUCGUUAAAAGAUUUAUAUAUGAUAAAAAACUUUAUCAAGUGCCAAUCGAAUAACAUUUUCAAGCGAAUCGUAAACUCUUACUGCCCAGACGUUUAUGGACAAGAACUUGUCAAGGCCGGAAUAUUGCUCUCUAUAUUUGGUGGAAUCGAUAAUGGCACGAUAAAUGUCCUAAUAGUUGGUGAUCCUGGAACAGAUAAGGCUGAUCUUCUUCAAGCAGCCAGUUCAAUUUCACCUCACACAGUAUUUACUCCUGUAAGUCAAGGUGGCAGCACGCUAAUAUUGCCGACAUUACACCAUGAAAAGUUAAGAGAUGAUUGGAUUCUUGAUGCGGGAACGCUGGUUUUGAGUAAUGCGGGAAUUUGUAGAAUUGAUGACUUUGAGAAAAUAGGACAAUCAAAUGCCCUUGCGGAAGCCAUGUUAAGAAUGUCAAUCUCGAUCAGCAAAGCAGGCGUGAAAGGUUCACUCGACGCUAAAACUAGUAUAAUAGCAACAGCUAAUCCCGUCAGUGGGCAUUAUGAUAAAAGCAAAUUUUUAUCAGAAAAUUUGAAGAUCGGAAACGCCAUCCUCUCGAAUUUUGAUCUCGUCUUCUUACUGUUGGAUAUUCCAGACGAAGAGAUGGACCAUUAUCUCUCGGAGCGCGUCAUGACUAUUCACUCAGGUGCAUUUCCAAAUGGAGAUUUAGACAAGGACCAAAUAUAUGUACCAUCCAUACGAGACAUAAAUAGAAGUCAUGCAGCUGACAUAUUACCAUUAUCAGAAAAAUUAAAGAUAGGAAUGGAUGAUGAAAAGGAGUUACUCGACAACGCGUUUCUUCAAAAAUAUGUGAUUUACGCGCACAAAUAUGUUCAACCCCGACUGUCAAGGGAAGCGCGAGAAAUGAUCAAGUUAUUCUUUGUAAACAUGGGAAACAAAUAUCGAUCGAUGAAUGAUAUGCCGAUCACUACCAGACAGCUGGAAACUAUGAUUAAGUUAUCACAGGCAAGAGCUAGAAUGGAAUUGAGAGAGACUGUUAUUGUUGAAGAUGUCGAGGAGGUUGCAGAAAUUAUGGAGUUUUGCCUGUUUAGGAUUCAACGAGAUGAAAACUCACGUGCAAAAGGGAAAUCAAAAGCUGGUAAAAGAUCGGGAAAACAGGCAGCGACAAAGAGGUUCUUGGAGGAACUUGGAAAAAUCAGUAAUGCCAAAAGGAGCGAUAUUUUUACCUAUCAAGAGCUGAAACAAUUUGCCAUAGAUUCCAAGGUACAAUAUGAUGACUUUCAAGGUUUCAUAGAGUCGCUUAAUGAUCAAAAUCUACUGCUGAAGAAAGGCCUAGGCAAAUUUCAAUUGAGGUUUGAAUCAAAUUAA